AUGCACAGCGUGUUCUCCAUGAAGAAGGAAUUGGGUGACAUCGCUUAUUUUCUUGUCAAGCCUAGUGUUCCUCCAAAUGCUGCUUUACCAUUUUCUGAUCCAGCUCUUUAUAGAAGUAUUGUUGGUGCCUUAACAAUAUCUCACCAUUACCAGCCAGAUCUGUCUCUCUCUGUUAACCAGGCUUGUCAACAUAUGCAUGCCCCUACCUUGGAACAUUUUGCUGCCGUGAAGAGAAUUCUUAGAUAUGAGAUGUUCUUGAUAGAAAUCAACGACUGGUUACUGUGUUUUCUUGGGGUCCAAUUUGGUCUCUUGGUCUGCCAAAAGCAGGCCACAGCUUCUCGCUCCUCCACUGAAGCUGAAUAUAGAGCUUUAGCAAAAUACCGCUGCUGA